GCACUCAGUCUGAUCCGGGCCUAAUGAUCUAAACUUUGGAUCCUAGCUACUUGGGUAUAGAAAUUGACAGAUUUAGCCAAAUUCCGGUAUUGUGUAGCGAUUCGGUGGAAUACACUGUGAUGAGCUCCUUUCGCCCAAGCAGUAUACUCGGCAAGAAGAAACAAGAUGAGGAAGCAAUUCUGAAGAGCUACAAGUCGUACACCGAGACCGACGACACCUCCGAACCGGCUGCGGCGCCACCCCCUCAAACCAUUGGGUUUGAAGGAGUGCAAGCUGAUGGAGCAGCAGCCGCUAAUCCGCAGGAGAUUGAACUGACGGAGAACCAAGAUGGCCCACCAAACGACAAGGAGGACCAACCGCUCCAUGAAGGGCAUCUAUACCCAAAUUUGCUAGCCCAAACUGAUGAUGAAUAUCCUGAGUCUCCAGCCAAGAAAGACGACGCCAGCUUCAACGACCUCUUCUUCCGAGAUGGCAAACGACGGAUCGACUUCGUCCUGGCGUACCGGAAGAUGGAGAGCGAGGAGAGGGAAGAGAAGAGAGUGAGAAAGAGGAAGAACUUCGAGGCCAAUCUCGUUGAGGAAGGCCUUGAGCUUGAGUACGAGAACUCAGAGGGGCCGGAGCCGAACCCAGAAGACCCAGAAUCUCACGACAACCGUACCUUCUUCGUGAAGAUCCAUGCUCCGUGGGACCUAAUGACUCGCUAUGCUGAGGAACUCAAGAUCAAGAUGCCCAUUGAGGAAAACAACAUGGAAGAACCUGUGAAUGUAUUCAACUGCAUUGACAAGCUAUGGACUCCUUUUGAGUUGAGUGAUGAUUAUGUCAAGCCAGAGCCAGAUGUCUUCACUGCCCCAUUCAUCAGGGACAGAGAAAAUGAAUUCAUCAUGCACAGCAGGGAGACAUUCUUCCCCAACAACAUCCGCAACCGAGUGGUUUACGAGAUCUUAGAAAGGAUGCGCUACGAUCCAAAUGACCCAGCAAAGUUUGGUAUUGACCACUUGAUCGCUAACGGAUCCUACUAUGCUGCCUAUCCACUCCAUGAGGGCAACUACAAGAGCGAGCAUUCCUUACUGACCCACGGGGCACAGAACGAUAGACAUCAAAAUGAGCAGCUGCCAGUUUGGGCUCGACCCAAUUUUAGAAAUCUGCUGUACGAAGAAUGGGCAAGGCCAGGAAGAUGGUACAAGAAGCAACCUUUGGAUCUUAUCAGGCGGUACUUCGGAGAGAAGAUUGGUAUCUACUUCUGUUGGUUAGGCUUCUACACGGAGAUGUUGACGUGGGCUGGAUUUGUUGGUCUGAUUGUAUUCCUCUAUGGAUGUAUCUCCCUACCGAGCAGUACAGUGGUGAACGAGAUCUGUGAUGGCACUGAUAUCAUCAUGUGUCCUCUGUGUGAUAAGAGAUGUCCGUACUGGACGUUAUCGGACAGUUGUUUCUACUCUAAGCUGACGUACCUGUUUGAUAAUGAAGCGACAGUCUUCUUUGCUUGUUUCAUGUCCCUCUGGGCUACCAUGUUCUGUGAAUUCUGGAAAAGAAGACAGAACACAAUUGACUAUGACUGGGACUUGUUUGGCUUUGAAGAACAGGAGGAGAACAUUCGUCCUGAGUUUGAGGCCAAGGCACCAGACCGAAGAGUCAGUCCCAUCACCAACCUCCCAGAGCCGUACAUCAAGUUCUACCGUCGCUUCCCACGCUUUAUGACGUCCAUCACUACAAUUACGUUUAUGAUUCUGCUCGUCAUGGCAGCUGUCAUGACCGUCAUCAUCUACAGAAUCGUUGUCAAGGCGGCUAUCUUCUCAAUCGACCAGGAAUUCAUCUCAUCUUUCUCCUCCAUCAUCACCUCGGUAACGGCUUCCUGCAUCUCGCUCAUCCUCAUUAUGAUCCUUCAAAUGUUGUAUGAACGGAUUGCUGUGUGGCUCACCAACCUUGAACUUCACCGAACGGAGACCGAGUACGAAGACAGUUUCACCUUCAAGAUGUAUCUCUUUGCAUUUGUCAACUACUACUCUACCAGUUUUUACAUUGCAUUCUUCAAGGGACGCCUACCAGGUACUCCAGCUGACUAUGGCCGUGUGUUUGGUAUCUGGCGUCAAGAAGAGUGUGAUCCAGCAGGGUGCAUGCAAGAACUAUUCAUCAACAUCGCCAUCACUAUGUGUGGAAAGCAGUUCUUCAAUAACUUCAUGGAAUUGGCUUUGCCUGUUGUCUUGAACUUCUGGCGCUCCCGUACUGGUCGCAAGGAAGAAAAGAGCGGCAAGGGACGCUAUGAGCAGUGGGAACAAGAUGCUGACUUGGCCGACCUUGGACCACGAGGGCUCUUCAAAGAAUACCUUGAGAUGGUCGUUCAGUUUGGUUUCUCAACUAUCUUCGUGGCUGCGUUCCCCCUGGCCCCUCUCUUUGCUCUACUCAACAACCUCAUUGAGGUCCGUCUAGAUGCCUACAAAUUCAUCUCUCAGCUUAGACGACCCGUCGCCAAGAGGGCUCAAGAUAUCGGUGCUUGGUAUGCCAUCUUAGUUUCCAUUGGAAACCUGUCUGUCUUGACUAAUGCACUCGUCAUUGCUUUUACCUCCGAGUUCAUUCCCCGUCAAGUUUUCAAAUAUUACUACGGUGGCGAGGAAAACAGUCUUGUUGGCUACAACAACUGGUCGCUAUCCUACUUUCAGACCAAGGAUUUCCAGGAGGAAUCGAAGCCUGCUGAUCCGUCAUACCCAAGGGUUGAAGAAGGGGACCCGAAUUAUGGUCUUAAUGUCUCUAUGUGCAGAUACCGUGGCUACUACGAUGCCAAUUACGAGGUUACUUUGGACUACUGGCUUAUAGUCGCAAUCAAGCUGGCCUUUAUCUUGCUCUAUGAGCAUGUCAUCAUCAUCGUGAAGAUGUUCACUGCAUACGUCAUCCCGGAUAUGCCCGAUAACGUCAAGAACCAGAUAAAGAGGGAGAACUUCCUCGCCCAGCAGGCGCUACACGAGCUUACCUUGAGCAAGGGUCUGCCAAAGUCGGCGGAGGCUGCCAUGUCCCCUCACGAGGCAGAAGCAAUGGUAUAAUGAGAGGUUUGGGGAAUGGGGGAGGGACAGUAACAGCUCACAGUGGGACCACACCCAUUCUCUCAUCAACUCUUGGGUCCUGUUUCUUGAAGAAUUUCUGUUACAAGUUUUCUCUUAGCCAAUCAAAUUGAGUGAUUUCAGUAGCUGGAAACUGCUAUUUUGCAAUUUCUUUUGAUAACAUGUUUUAUGAAACAGGCAUCCAAAUGGGCUGUCACAUCUGAGCACAGUAGCCCCUGUAUGGCAAGCUGACAAAAGCAUGGAAAGCCAUAUUUUAUCAUAAAUGUUCUAGUUUUAUUUUAUCAAAAAAAAUAUUCUUUAUACAUUAAUUCAAUUCUUGAUACCAAAAAUUGUUUUUAACAAAACGAAAUGAUUUUCUUGACAUCAGGAAAUAGAUCUUCGAUAUUAAGAAUUUAAAUACUUGAAAAAACAGGAUUAAAAGUGAAAACAACUUGCCAUACAAAGUUGGCGUACACUUGCUAAAGCGUCCAGUUGUGCCAGCCCCUUAACUCUUGAUUAAAAAUCUGCUUUCAAGGAACCAGUGCAAGUGACGUUUCAAAACACAUUGCUUCUAAUAUCCUUUCCAACUCGGCUUGAAUUAAUUUAAUAACGCAAGAGCAAUUGGUACAUGCAUCAUAUAAUUGGUUAUUGACUAAUGGGUAUUGCUUAUUGCAUGUUUCAUCAAAUGGAAUAACUUUGCAUGUGAUUGAAGUAUUGUUCUGUGAUAAUGAGGCCUUUUCAUUCUACGUCAGUUAAUUGAUAUGAUUAUGAAUGAUGCAGACGUGGAGGUAUCCUGCUGGAGAGAACGCAGUAUCUCAAGGUGUGUUCACGAAGUGGAACUUGAUGUAAGUUGUAUUCACACUUAGUCCAAUGUGUAAACACACUGUGAACACUCCCACUGUGGAGGUAUCCACAGUGGAAUCAUCUUCACAUUGUCACAUUUGAACAUGGUAACUAUCAGUUUGAAUCACAUUUUCAAAUCAUCCACAAUGCACAUUGUGAACACAUGGUAGAGGUGUCCAUAUUAUUAUAGUUUAACGUUUUCACAGUUCACAGUUUUAUAUAGUCCACACUGAACACAUUGCAUGCCAACACUGUACAAGUGUGAAGUAAUCUUCACAUUGUUACAAUUGUAUAAUGCAAAUAGGUUUCAUAUAAUUCACUAUGUGAGCACACUGCAAACACACUUAACACACUGUAAACAGACUGUGAAUAGUAUUCACAGUCUGUUUACAGUGUGUUAAGUACACUGUGAAUGCAUUGAACAUACUGUGAAUACACUUAACACAAUGUAAAUAACUGAAUAAACUGAACAUACUGUGAACACACUGCAGACACUAUGCACACACAAAGCACUGUGAACACACCGAACUAACUGAAUACACUAUUAAUAAACACUAAACACACUGCGGAAACUGGACACACUGAUAACUGAACACACUGAAAGCACUGUGAAUACACCAAAUUAAUUUAAAACACUAGUAACACACAUGAAACACACUGUGAAUACACUGAACACUUUGAAUACACACUGCAAACACUGGACACACUAAGAGCACUGUGUGUGAACACAUUUUGAACUAAUUAAUGUACUGCGAAUACACUAUUAUCACACAUUAAACACACUGGAUACACUGAACACACUGCAAAUUCUGUGGAUACACUGAGAGUACUGUGAACACACUUUGAACUAAACUGAAUGCACUAUGAACACACUAUUACCACACAUUAAACACACUGUGAAAGCACUGUGUUCUCUCCAGGAGGGAUAGAUAUGUGAUGAUUUUGUUUUUCAUUCCACAGUGAUGACUCAAGUCACGUGAGAACUGUCUUGAUGAACUUCAAAAAAUUAAUUAUAAAACUUUGCAAACAUUUUGAGAUAUUCAGGGUCAUGUUAUGUACAAAUAUAUUGUACAGUUUAUUCGCUUAUUAAUACUAUAUUAGAAUAGUUUAUAUUUAGAAUGUUUGCAUCUGUAUAGAAUUUUUGUCAACUUGGCUGGUUCAGAGCCUUUGUUGUAAAGGUAUGCAAGUACAUGAGAAAAAUUUGAAUCCAAGUCAUAGUCUUAUAUUUUCUUGCUAUAGUUUAGGAUAGACAUGUAUAAAAUAAUGAACUUUAGCCUUUUUUUCAGGCCCUGUAAUCAAAAUAAUUUUGAUAUCUGUGGAUAUAUCUCAUAAUAUGUAGUUGUAUGUAUUCAUCGGUUACUGUAAAUAGGUUACAUAAUCUCAUAUCAGGUGUUGGGGGUAUCACAAAUAUUGAUAAAUGCAUGCAUAAUUAAUCUUUAUGAAUAUUAUUUGCAUGUUUAUUAGGGACUGGCUCUUUUUACAGUAAAUGCAUGGUUCAUUUCAUCGAGUUUUCUAUCACAAUUUGAUAUGUUCUAUGUUGGAUAGGGACUACCUUUGUUUAAGAAUCCUGUAGAAUUUUAUAUGUAAGUGUUCAAAAAAAUAAUGGAAUGAAAUAAAUUUUUAAAUUUUGAAUAAAUCUAAGGUAUUUAUUACCAUAUAUGAUUAAUAUGUUAUGUUUUUUUAUUCAAGGUUUAUAUAUUUUCUUCAGGGACAUCUGAUAUGUGACGAACUGUCCUUUGUUGAAGUUGAAUAUUGACAAAGUGUUGGUAGUCCAGGAGAUAAUUGAAUUCAUCAGUGUUCAAAAUUGUAGAAUGUUGAGUACAAAAUAAGAUGCAAUUGUUGAAUUGUUGAGGAUUAUUCACUUCUUUAUUACAGUUAAAUUUUACCCUUAUGUAUGUUUAAAAUUUGAGAAAGUGACUUUACUUUUUGAAAAAGGUUUGUUGAUUGAAUUGGGAUCAAAUCUGUGUCCAUGGGCACAUCUAGAAAUAUGUCUCAUUUUGUUUUCUGUGUGUUGACCAAAUUUUAUAUUUUGUAGUGUUGCCGUCUUUCAAACUCUGUUUCAAAAUAUACUUUUUGAUUUACUUAUUAGUCCUUUUUUUUGUUUAGAACAUUUUUAAUAGCCUCAGGAACACCUUUCUUUUCUGUAUCUUAUUCUUCACAUAGCCAAACAAAUGAUUUUGGCCUAGGUUUAUUAGGAUAAUAAUAUCUAAGUCCUUUGAAAGUGCAUAUAGCCAUUAGAUUCAUAAUGUGAUAUGCACUAUACAAGAACUGUUUAUUUUGAUUAUUAUUAUGAGGUUUUUGUAAUUACCAUGAAUACAUAUGUUUGAUUAUAACAUGGUGCCUAAUUGGGAUAUGAAUGUCAAAAUCUUCCACUUUUGUAUUACUAUUUAUUUUUUAUUCUUUUUGGAUAAUAUAUUAUGAAUAUGCACGCAGUUUCAUGUGAGAAAAAAAUCAUCUUUUUAGCAACCCAACAAGUGAAAUCAGGCAAUUCAUAUAAUAACAUUGUAUGCAUAAGGCAGUGUACUUAGCUCGUUAUAUAUGCUCAUUUUAUGGCUAAAUAUAGAACUCAUAUUUUCAUUAUGAGAUACUUGGGCAUACUAGCACAUACCAAUCAUUUAGAACAGAGGCUGCAUCUGAUGUUAUUCUUUAAAUUUCGUGGAAAAAGAAGUGUCGAAGGUGAUCGUUAAGAUCACCAGAACAGGCUCACAAUUAAUACCAUGUAUGAAUUUAGAUACUACAUGUACAUGUAUCUGUUUUGCAUAUUCAUGCCUUUUGUAGCUCAUGCAUAUUCAUGAGUUAUCUUAAACUGUUUACUUGCAAGUAAUUUUUGAAACACCAUUUAGGUGAAGGUUUGUCUAUUUGUAAAGGUGUUUUCCCCAUCUUUGGUUGGUUAUUUUUUUUCUUUUUCAUUCUUUACCCAUUUAACUUUCAGAACCAAUCUAUUUUUGCAUGUAUAUGGAUAAAAAUUCUUAUAGGAGUACCCUAAUCCACUUGUGAAUAAAAAAUCAAUUGUAACUUUCACAUACACUUGACUUUGCCGGUGAAAGUCCUGUGUCAUGGUAAUUACAUUUUAAUACAAAAAUACCAUUGAUUAUUAAAGUUUUAUGCAAUAGGGGCCCUAGCCUUUCUUAAUGAACCUAUGUCGACUUAAAAAAAAUUCUCUGAGCGGCUUUCCUUUUUAUCAAUACACAUUUAUAGUCAAUCUUACUGAUGUAAUAGCUUAAUUGUUGUUGCACCAUUUUCUUUUCAUUUAUUUAAAUAAUCAUUUAGUAUAUUUACAAAAUCUAUAUACAUGUAUGUUUUAUUCUUUUGUAUAAUGUACGUUCGCCCAAUGUUUAUAUUUUUAUAUAUGGAAUUGACUGAUUGUGUAAUCAAUAAUAUGAAGUGGUUGUUUUAGUUGUACAUUUAAGAUUGUCUGUGUUUAGAAAGUAGAAAUAUGUAUGUUGUAUAAGCUUCAAUAUUAUUCAUUAUAUGUAAGUAAUGUUGUUUUGAAUGAUUAAAGUCGGGAUAUUGUUCUCUCGAGAA